AUGAGCAUUGAGCCGACUUUCAUAGGAUAUAUUGAAACAACACAAGAUACGCUUCUCUUGUUCGAAGCAUGUCGAAGAGGCAAUCUCGUAAAGAUAAGUAGACGUCUUCAAGAAAAAGAACGCAAGAUAAUAACUUCGGGAAGUGUAUUUGUUUUUGAUGAACGCGAAUCUGGAAUAAAACGUUGGACUGACGGGUUGCUAUGGAGCCCUUCACGAAUCCUUGGAAACUUUCUUAUUUAUCGUGAACUGGAUAAACGUACACCGGCUGGAAAGAAAGAAACCACACCUGUAGAACGCCAGCGAAGUAAUAGCACAGAUACGGAAUUUCAAGUAGAGAAAAAUAAGGAACGCGCUUUAGUUGGUAGUUUAACCAACACAUAUCGUUUCAAGAAGGGAGGUUUAAUCAAGAAAACAAUGUCCAUAAUGGUGAAUGGAGUAAAUCAUCACAUGAUUAGCUAUUAUACUAAAGAAGACGUACUUGCCUGUAAACUUAAGAUCCCUUCUGCGAUCCCAGAUCUGGCAAUUCUUGAAAUCGCACCCGAAUUUUUAUUAAAACAAAACUUUAGGAUACCGCCAGUAAUCGAAUCGAAUUACGAACAAGGUGAACUAAAUUCGAAAAAUGUAAUUUCUUACGAGAAACAAUCACCUGCUACCACUGCUUCACAGCACACGAUUAUCACAAAGCUGGAUGAAAAUUCGUCUCAUUUAAAGGCUAAAAUUGAAAAUUCAAAUUCUUCUGGAGUCAGUAUCUAUUAUUCUGGUUCUUUAGCUCACAACUACCCAAAUACCUACGAUUCACAUGGUCAUGCUGCUACGGCUUCGAAUGUAUAUGAUAGCUCGCACACGCUACCGAUGCCUUCGGUACGUGAAUUCAUGAAUCGGCAAUCAUCAUAUGAAUUUCCACCAAUUAUAUCACUUGGUAAUAAUACAACACCAAGGCUAUUAUCACCAUUAAUGCCUAACAUUAGUUCGCAGAUAGAAUAUAAUAAUUAUUAUCAUCAAACACCAAAUAAUUCGAACGGACAAAACAGCUCUUGGCCCGAAUAUCAAUAUUCUUCGUAUUCAUCGAAUGUACCACAUCCUCAUAACUCAGGAAGCAAUCUUCCAUCCAUGAGUCAUCAAUCUAAUAGUCAUCAUGCAGAAGCGGGUAGCGACAUGCUGUAUGCGGCUACUGCAACCCACAACAUUAACACGUUUAAUGAUCAAGCUCCCUUCCUACCCGAUUUGUAUAGUUCUGCCCGCUCCUCUACUGUUAGUGCUGCGUCACAUUCUCGAUCACAUCAGCAUGAUCAAGCAACAUCUCCAUCUCCCACACUUCCUGCAAUUUCUUCCCCUGCUAGCACUGCGAGCACUUCCAAUAGUAAUGGUUCGAGUAAUGCUCCUUUAACACCUCUUAACUCUCCUGGCAACACUACCACGAUCGUCAGCUCUGGCUUUAGUUCUAAUUAUUCUCCGUACUAUCCAUCGUUCAUAAAGAGUGAUGUAUAUCCAUCGGUUUCGAUGCCAUCUAAUUCUUUCAUGUAUGGCCAUUAUUGA